AUGCAGUGGAACAAUUUGUCACCACUACUCCGAGCCCGACACAAAUCUACAGGUUGCCAAGGGCGUCUUUUCACAUCGAGAAGAGCUGUCUGUUCACCUGAGAAGUGGAGUAAGUUGACAACCGCACGAUCCGUGGAGCGAACAUGUAUUUGGUGCAACCAACAGCCUCGAGUUAGCACGCUUGCUGGGCCUGCCCUAUCAACUAAGGUCACUCACUCAAACAAUCUCAGAUAUGGCCCAGUCGGGCCCUCAGUGGCGCUAUUGCCUUCAAUGCAUAGCUUUCUUCCCAAUCCCCAGUCCAUCUACAGUGCUGUAUUUACGCAGCUCCCGCCUCCAAUACGCAGCUACCAACCCCAACUCCCCGAAUCAUCGGUGAACGAAACUGUGGCAGCUACAAGCACUGUAAGCCAAGUACGCGAUCCUUCAAAAACGCAAACCAUUUUAAAUCACCCAAGUGAUUCUGCCGCACUGUUUGGAAUGUACUUCACGCCUGCAAACUGUAAAACGCUGCUACAAGACUAUGUGGGAUCAAACCCAAACCUCACUGGACUGACUGGAAUUGAGACUAAUUCUCGAAUCGGGAAGGCCAGGACAACUUUUGCCAACCUCCGAAAAAAAAAUCGUUCAGCUGUAGCGCCCUUUCGGUGCCUAGCUGCCAUGCCACCCGAAGGAAGCACGAGGGCUAGGAUACUGUCAGGUUGCCCAAGCCUAGACAGAGGAAGUCGAGUGGCGGAGGUCGGGUUCGAACCACGGACCUUCCGGUCAGCAAAUUCGCGCUCUAACCACUUGAGCCAUCUCGCCCCCCCCCACGACACCACCGAGUUUAUCCUGCAAAAAGUUUACACUGCAAUCGUGCGACCCAUACUGCUUAAUAGAUCAGAGUUGUGGCCUCCACGCGCACAACAAAUACGAAAGAUUUCAGUGUUUGACCACCGGUGUCUCCGAAGCAUUGGUCGGAGCUGGUGGAAAAAUCAAAUUAGUAAUGCUAAGUUAUGCCAGAUGGUCCUAGGAGGAAGGAACUUUCCCGCGAUAGAUGAAUUAGUCACGCUUCAUAGGUUACGCUGGUUAGGUGAUGUACCCCGCAUUGCAGAAGGCCAUGUGCCACGCAGAGUUCUUUUCGCCCAGCCGUGUGCUGGGUGGGAGCGACCAAGAGGUGGACAGUGUAUGAGCUGA